AUGUGGAUAGCCUCCUCUGCAAUGGGCCCGCAGUACGCUGUGAUGUUGGCGUGCGUCGUCGCGACCAUGGUGUUGCCUACGACGGAGGGCUGGUGGUCACCCAGCUUUCCCUGGACGAGAAAUAUGACCAUAAAAAACCCAGAAAACAACCCUACAUUCAACAACGCAGAACUUGGGCCCGUGCAAGAUGCAUGGCAGGUCCUGGAAGAAACGUCGAAAAAUACCUACUUCCUGAUGUUUCGCACCCAAGUUCUUCCUUCUGAGAGAUGUGUUCACGCAACAGCAAAUAUCGAAGACAAAAUUAACAAAACUGCCAAUUACAGAAUCAAAUUUUACAAUCUAAACAAACAAAUAUUCGAGAAUACCACAGUACAAGUGAGAGCUCUAAGUCAAACUGACUACCCGCUUGAAAACGUUAUACGGGCAAGCUUGAAAGGAACACUACCAAGUGCUACUCCAGUUCCCCCAGGAAGCUACACGUACGCUCAGUAUGAUAACUCUACCUGCUAUUCCAAAGGUACUCCCUUUCCUGAUAGGGGUGUUGCUGCGAAGCCUCAGCCGAGUACACGAGAUUCUGAUUUAACCGAAAAUCUCCUAAAAAGCUUCUUCCCUACUCCGGAAAAUCCUCAGUAUAUGGACAUGUAUGUGGUAUACAACGAGCCGCAAUGUUACAUUCUCAGGAGUCCCGCAGCCGAGGGAGGAUGCGAUUUGUGGCUGAGAAAAACCGAGUUGAAAAGUAUAGUGGAUGGCCUGAAAGAUGAUUUUACAAAAAAAGAAGAGGAACUAAUCAAGAAGAUUAAGAACUGGGUUGGAAUCCGCGAAAACUGUACUCCGACAGGUUAUCAAAUAGGAAGGCUAAAGUUAUUCUUACGAUAUGAAAUUGAAGAAUGGUUUGAAGAUAUCGUAGCUAAACGGAUUUCCCCCGAUUGCCUUCUCGCCUUCAUAUUAACUUGUGGAAAGCCUGCGUUUAGAGCUUACGAUCCGGUAACCUGUAAUAACACACUAAGAGGGCAAUAA